AUGGAGUCCGCAUCUUCCGCUCUGCCCUUCGGGUCCGCUCCCACAUCCGAAGGCAUCGCCGCCUCGGCCUCGUCCGUCGUGUCCGCCGCGUCCUCCCUCUUCUCUGCGACAUCUACGAUCUUUGGGGACCUUCCGGCCCCAACGGCCAUCUUGAACGGUACGAAGCCUUCGGCACUUAUACCUGGGGAUCCACUCCAAAGUGGGAACUAUGUCCUUAACACGCUCAUAGGGCUUAUAAUCGUCGUCGCUGCGUCAGCGCUGAACGCGUUCGGGCUGAACAUCACCAAGCUGGAUCAUACGCGCCAGCAGGGAUUGCCGAGGAGGGAACGGAAGCAGGAAUGGAUGCGGCCAUUGUGGCUCGCGGGGAUGGGGAUGUACAUGUAUGUCGAGGUCUCGUUGCGAGCGGGCUUCGGCUCGACAUUAGCGCUGAGAUGGCUAAGACCUGACUGGGUCGCCCCGCUGGGCUCGACAUCGCUGAUCUUCAACUUUCUCUUCGCCAGCUGGCUAGUCGGGACGCCCGUGACUAAGACGGAUAUCAACGGGACGGCCGUGAUCAUCCUCGGCGUGAUUCUCAUCCUCGUCUUCAGCUCGAUCAACCAUGGUCUGCAACAGGGCCUCAAUGUCGAGCGCUUGAACAUGUUGUGGGCCCGAAUAGACUGGCUCGCCUACUUCAUCUUCCUCAUCCUCUUCACCUCCUCCACCUACUUUGCCUCCUCCAUCCUCGCUCGCCUACUCGCCUCCCGCGCCUCCUUCUCUCCUCUGCCCUCCCCAACCAUCGACCUCCCCACUACGACGCGCGCCAAGCCGCCGCACGCCAUCAUCGGCUUUUUCAAGCGGAUAGCAGCGGCGGGGAGGCGCAUAAACAGCUUUGUCCUGCGGCAAGUGGAGGUGAUUCUGCAACGAGCGGAAGAUCCCAGGGUGACGUGGUUGCAGGGUAUAGGGUGGGCGGUGUGUGGUGGGAGUCUGGCGGGGAUGUGCUUGGUGUUUACAAAAGCGGUGGUCAAUCUCCUCGGGCUGCACGAUCAUCCUUUCCUGAACUUUUCUUCCAUCCUCACUCUCGUCCUCGUGGCGGUGACGGCCAUCCUCCAGAUCGUCUGCCUGAACCGUGCGCUUGCAUGCGCCGACACAGUCGUCGUCGUCCCUCUUUUCUACGCGGGCUAUACAGUGUUCGGCUUUAUCAACUCCCUCAUUUUCUACGACGAAGCAGGCCAAUACGCCCGCUGGGUCCUCAUCGCCGUCUUCGCCUCCAUCGGGGUGCUCGUUUCGGGCGUCACCAUCCUCUCGCUCAAAUCAUCCGCCAAGUCCGCUCCCGAUCCAUAUACCGUCGCAACGGAGCCUUCGGGGAGUAUGCGUAUGCGGCCGCGCAUGCCACGGGGCCGGUCUGGGACGCCCGGCGAGGGUGGGGAUGGCGAUGCAGACGAUGAAGAGGCGGGGCCAGAGACAGAAGGGGAGGCAGGGGAGGUUAUGUGGGAGGUGGGAUCAGUGAGCGAUGAUGACGAGGACGACCAAGAACUGGGCGGUAAAGGCAAAGAAGGGGAGGGAAGGAGAGGAAUUGGAGGUGGGGAUGUAAGAGGGGAGAGAAGGGGGUUGUUGUUUGAUGAAGAGGAUGAAGGGGGGAGAGGGGGGAGUGAGAGUCCUACAGCGACGAAAGUGGAUGUCCCGAGAGAAGCGGAGAGGAAUCCAUUUGCGGAUGACGAGGAAGGAUUUGGGGCGUUUGAGGCGGUGUCCACGCCGGUGUCGGGUUCAGGUGCAGGGAGGCAGAGUGGGGACGGGCGCUGA